UGCGCGGACCAAUCACAGCGUUGUGUUUCUGUUUCCGGGAUGUUUGGUGAUGUGGCUCUGCACUGAAAUCCUAGAGACGAAAUUGAUCAAAUAAUAAGCCAGCUCGUCCCUGCGCCGAGUACACAGGUCAGCCAUGUUUAGCCGGCUGACCCAGGGGGUGAGCUCUGUCCUCCAGGAGCUCUCUGGUGAGGAACGAGCCGAUGAAAACUCUCAAGAUGGUUUGGUCCCUCAACCCCAGCCUGAUACUGAAGACUCCCUGGUGGGCCCUGGUCCUCCAGAAGAGGUCCUGGAGAGGCUGGCCCAGACAGAACAGCUGGUGGUUCAGCUGAAGGAGCUGAUCCGAGAGAAAGACAUUCAGCUUGCCAAAACUGAGAGACAGUUUAAGGAGGAGAAAGAACAGGCAGAGGUCAAGUUUACAAAGCUCAAACUGCAGGCCAAAGCCAAGAUGGCGGGCCUAAACAAACAGAUUGCUGAGUUGAAAGGACAAGAAUCGUUGAAUAGCAGUCAGAAUUCAGAAAGCUCCUUCACGAUGGCUCCAGGAGUGGAGGAGGAGCUCCAGCAGCUCAGAGAGAAGCUCACUCAGGCAGAAACGUCCAACAAGGUCCUUCAGCAUCAACUUUGGGAAGCUGAGCAGCGUGUGAGAGAGGAAGGACAUGCCGAGCAGGUAAGGGUCUUGCAGGCUGUAGUGAAGGAAAAGGAUGUGAGAUUCCAAGAACAAAUCCUUAAACAUGAGCAGGAGCUCAUCAGUCUCACACAGUCCUCAAGUGAACAGGCCCUUCGUGCAUCCCAGCAGCGCAUAGAGGAACUGGAAGAGUCCUUACGUUCUCGUUCAGAAGUCCUAGAAAUGUUACAGCAAGAACUCAACAACGCAGACCAGCAGAAACAGAUUCUAACCACUCAGUUCAGGCACAUGGAGAUGGAGUUGUCAGAAGCCCAAAGACUUAGAGAAGAGGAAGGGCAAAAGUGGUCCAUGCAAGUUGAAAAUCAACUGCAGGCCUUUAAAGCCAGACUAGAGGCUUCAGAGAACCAAAAAGAACGAUCCAUCAAUGCUCUCAACUCUGAAUUACUGAAAAAGACCUCAGAGCUGGAUGAAAUGAGAGCAAAACUUACAGCUGAAGCUAAUGAGAAAGAGGAAGAAGGGCCGACAAAGUUAGGAGAAAAAGAAACUGAUUUCGAGAGAGAGCUGGCCAACAUGCGAACAAGUUUUGAGACCAGACUGGAGAAAUCGGAGAAUGAGAGAGACCAGAUCAUCAGUGAUCUCAACUCUGAAUUACUAAAGAAGGGCACAGAGCUUGAAGAAAUGAGAGCAAAGCUUGCAGAUGAAGAAAGAGAGAUGAAUGAAAAACUGGAGAAUUUCCGAGAAAGGGAGACAAGCUUAGUGACAGAGUUGGCCAACCUGCGAUUAAAUCUGGAAGCCAGGUUUGAGACAUUAAAGAGUGAGAGAGAGCAGACUGUCAGUGCUCUCAAUGAUGAGUUACUGAAAAAGACCACAGAGUUGGAUGAAUUGAGGGAAAAACUUGCAGCUGAAGAACAAGAGAAGAAUGAAGGACUGGAGAAAUUCAGAGAAAGAGAGACAAGCUUUGAGACACAACUGGCAAAUCUCGAAGCCAGGCUGGAGACAUCAGAGAGUGAAAGAGAGCAGACCGUCAAUGCUCUUAAUGCUGAAUUACUGAAAAAGACUACAGAGUUGGAUGAAUUGAGAGAUAAACUUGCAGCUGAGGAAAGAGAAAAGCAAGAGACAAUACAAGUUAAAGAGACAGAACUGGCCAAUAUGCGAGCUCGUCUAGAAGCCACACUGGAGACAUCAGAGAAUGAGAAAGACCAGACCAUAAAUGAUCUCAACUCUGAAUUACUGAAAAAGAGCACAGAGCUGAAAGAAAUAAGAGCAAAGCUUGCAACUGAAGAAAGAGAGAAGAAUGAAGUCCUGGAGAAAUUAAGAGAGAGAGAGAUUAGCUUUGAGACAGAACUGUCCAACAUGCGAGCUAAUCUUGAAGCCAGGCUGGAGACAUCAGAGAGUGAAAGAGAGCAGACCGUCAAUGCUCUUAAUGCUGAAUUGCUGAAAAAGACCACAGAUUUGGAUGAAUUGAGGGACAAACUUGCAGCUGAGGAAAGAGAAAAGCAAGAAACAUUACAAGCUAAAGAGACUGAACUGGCCAAUAUGCAAGCAUUUCUAGAAGCCAGACUGGAGACGUCAGAAAAUGAGAGAGACCAGAUCAUCAGUGCUCUCAACUCCGAAUUAAGGAAAAAGGCAACAGAGCUGGAUGAACUGAGAGAAAAGUUUACAGCUGAAGAAAGAGAGAAGAAUGAAGGACUGGAGAAAUUAAAAGAGAGAGAGAUGAGCUUCGAGACACAACUGGCCAACAUACGAGCAGAUUUAGAAGCCAGAUUGGAGACAUCAGAGAAUGAAAGGGAACGGACUAUCAAUGCUCUCAAUGCUGAAUUACUGAAAAAGACCACGGAGUUGGAUGAACUACGGGAUAAACUUGCAAAUGAGGAAAGAGAACAGCAAGAGACAUUACAAGAGAGACAAGCAAGCUUUGAGACAGAGCUGGCCAAUUUGCAAGCAUGUCUAGAAGCUGCAGAAAAACAGAAAGAGGAGAUGGCCAAUAAACUAGAAACGGUGAUUGCAAGUCACAUGGAAGAAGUUCACCAUCUCCAGGAAAAGCUUGAUGAAGUGGAGCGAGAAAGGGUGGAAAGAUCUAACAGCGAACAGGCUUAUUUAACACAGGUGCAAAAUGAGCUUGAGUCCUUGAGAGUGAGAUUGGACACCAGUGAGGAGGAAAAGAAAGCAGGAGAGCAAGCCAAGGAUAUGCUGGAGAAACUCUGGAGAGGGCUUCAAUCUUUAACAACUGCUACGGAGACAGAAGCAGAAAUAUCCAUACCUACUGAUCCUGCACAGUUCUUAGAGAUAUUACCUACCUUGGAGGCCCAGUUUGGUGACCUCAAAGCCAAACAGCAAGAGAGUGAACCUCGCAUGUCUGAGAUCACGCUCACUCUACAAUCUUUGCAAGGUCAACUGGAUAAAAGCAUAGUGGAGCGAGAGGAAGCAGUUGCUAGGAUACAGGAAUUGGAACAGCAGCGUCUCACACUUGAGGUUGCUCGUGAGUCAGUAGGUGACCAUGUGACUGACCGUUCUGUGAGGGAUUUGGACAAAGCACACCCAGAUGACAGUGGAGAUGGACAUAGUUCACGAAAUGCAGUACAGACAGAUCACAUAUUGCAUCUGGAGCAGCAACUUGCGGAAAGAGAAAAGGAGCUUUCUGCUCUUAGGGAAAAACUGUCACUCACCAAAGACCAAACUCUGAAAAUCCCAGAGGUGAAAAGUGUAGACAUUGUACCCACAGGAGACAUUACAGGAGUGCAUGACACCUCUGUAGCAGAAUCUGAAAAUCUUGAGGACACAAGAGAAGAGGAGACAACACUUGUGGCAGUAGAGACCUCUGUCCUGUCUGUCUCUGCAGACAAUGAGAGCAGCCCUGAGUUUAUAGGACCUCAACCUGAGUCUCCUGCAGAGUCAAAGGGUACUUCCUCAGAUGAGAUGGUAACUAGCAGUGAUUCAGAAGUAGCACAUAGUAGCUGGACUCUUCUGGAAGCAGUGAACCAAGAGUGGCCCCCACAGGUUCAGGACUGGCAUGUUACAACAAAUACCUGCAUAGUGGAUAUUGAGUCACAGACUUUAGAUAUCAAUAAAACUGAACAGGUAUGUAUUGGCCAGCAGGAGGGAGAUCUGCUAAGUACAGAUUUAAGCACUAGUCAGGCUUUUGCACAGAUUUUAGCAGAAGAGAUUCAGAAAAGAUACAGUGAACUUCUGGGAGAGCUUCAGCAGUUGAGAGAUUCAGCGUUACAAUCACAGAAAAAAGUUGAUCAACUAGAAGAGGAAUUACAGUCAUUUAAAGAUUCCAAAAAUGAGGCAGAGUCAAAGGCAAACAUAUAUGAAAAUGAGCUGUUGGAAGUCAGGGCAAUGAUCCAGCAAGAAAAAUUAGAAGGACAUAAUGUUGCUGAGCAGUUGCAAGAAGAAAUUCGCUCCAGAGAUAUCCAGAUGCAAGCCUUAAAGGCCGACCUAGAUGAAGCUCAGAGAAGACUUGUUGAACAAGAAGGUCAAGCUAGAAUGCUGACUGCUCAACUGGAGGACAGAGAGUUCACCUCCAAUGAACUGGAGAAGAAGCUCUUGGACAUGGAGAACAGGUUACUGCAGAUUUCUCAGGAGGCUGACAAGACCAAAGCUGUUCUUUUUGACAGGACUGCAGAGCUGGAGGCCCUACAAAAGUGUCUUUCACAAAGAGACCAGGAAAUGAUGGAGCUCAAUGACAGCAUGACUGCCAAACUACUCCAGUCUGGAGAAGAAAGGUUUACAAUAUUGAGUGAAGUCAAAAAGCUUAAAGAGCAAAUUCAUGAACUAGAAAAAGUAAGGGAUGACCAACAGAACAUGAUAGAAGAUAAAAAAGCUGAAAACGAAGAGCUUGUUGCACUUCAGAAGGAAAAAGAGGACUUGGUUGCUCAACUGGCUGCUAUGAAGAAAGAUGGAGAACAGGUCAAGAGAAAGCUGCAGGCAGCUCUGAUACAACGGAAGGAUUUGAUGAAAAAAGUUGCAGAGUUUAAGAAGGAGGUGGGGAACAAGGAAGAAAAGGAAAUGGAUGACAAUGAAGCAAAAACUCUUCAGAUUAAAGAUGAAAUCAAGGAUAAAGAUCUGGAAAUACAGAGACUUGAUGUUUUGUUGCAGGAGACAAGAGAGGUCUUAAACUUUAAAGAGGAGACCCUGAUAAGUCUACAACAAAAAAUCAACAACCAGGAUCAAGCAUUGGCAGAGUCAGAUGCUGAAAUACAACGUCUGACAGAGCAGUAUGUAAAAGUUAAUGAACAGCAAAUAUUGCAGGCGGAUGAGGACAAAAACAGAUUUCUUUUACAAAUAGCAUCCAUGGAAUCUGACAUCGAAAGACUGCACAAAAAGCUUCAGGAAGCUACUGAUGCUCAUGAAGAUGCUGUAGUUAAAGCUCAAGAGAAAGACUCCCAACAUCUUGAGCAGAUGAAGCAACAAACUGAGGCGUACAGUGAUCUUCUUAAGCGCUUCCAAAAUGAAGAGGGUGAGAAAGCUGAGUUGUUGAAUCAUAUUAGGGAGCUAGAGCAACAGCUAGAAUCAAAAAAUGUUGCGGAUAAUGUGCUUAGUGUUAAUGUGGAGGAAAAUGUUGGGUCAACCUCACAGAGUCCAGAAAACAAACAAGAGACUAAUGAUUGGGGUCAGGAUGACUGGGUAGAUUUUGCUUCUGCUGAAACUGAGACACAGCAACAGCACAAAACUGGGGAGCAGUCUCAACAGCCAUUAGUGGAAGAUCAUGAGGCUAUUAUAAAUGCUCUUCAGAAGGAGAUAAAAGUUGAGCAGGCUACCCGUGCAGAAUUAGAGUUGCGUCUACAAGAGAGCCAGUCACAUGCAGAGAGCAAGGUCAAAGAGCUGCUUGAGGAACUUGAAGCUUUGAGAGAAAAGGAGAGGCAGAUUGAUGGUCUAACUGAAGAGUUAGAGGCUCUUAGGGUGAAGUGUCAGAGAGCAGAAUCUCAUGCAGAGACACUAAAAGCAGAGGUUGAUCAGGCUUGGGAAUCAGCUAAAAGAAACAUCUCCGAUGCUGAGUCUCCCAUCAAAGCCCUUCAGUCAGAAGUAGAGGAAUUUAAGCAUUUUCUUAAGAACAAAAAUGAUGAGAUUAUUGAUUUAAGCCAGCAGCUAAGUGAACAAAAUUCCCUCCUACUUAAGAUGCAGGAAACUGUGUCAGAAAAAGAUCAGCGUAUUGCUUCCCUACAAGAAGUGCUUAAAACAGAGCAAGAUAAAUCUCAAAAACUGGAAGCAGAAGUGCCUCAGCGAGAGGUAGAAGACAAGGAUAACAAUGCCAAACUCCAACAGCUUCAGCGAAAACUACAAGCUGCUCUUGUGUCACGUAAAGAGGCUCUCAAAAACAACCAGGCCCUUAAGGAGGAACAGGCUGUUGCCGAGAAGAUCCGCUUAGAGCUUCAGCAGAAGCUUGAGUUUGUGGAGGUGGAGCUGAACAAGUCAAAAGAAGAGAGGGAGAAGUUAAUUAAGGAGGUAGAUCGAACCUUGUUGGAAAACCAGAGUCUCAGUGCCUCUUGUGAGAGUCUUAAACUUGCUAUGGAUAGUGUUCUGAAUGAGAAGGAUGCGUGUAAACGUCAAGUUGAGAGUGCCAAAGAGGAAGCUCAAAAAGUGUCCAGGCAACUAGAAGAAAAGGUCCAAAGCAUGAAAGAGGAGUAUGAAACCCUCCUUAAGUCAUAUGAAAAUGUAAGUGAUGAGGCUGAACGAGUGAGGCGAGUGCUUGAAGCUGCACGCCAGGAGCGGCAGGAGUUGGUAGCCAAAGCACGAGCUCAUGAGACAGCCAGGCAAGAGGCAGAGAGGUUAGCAGAGCAAGCAACAAAAGAGGUGGAUGUUGUUAAAGAGAAAAUGAGGAAAUUUGCCAAGGUCAAGCAACAGAAGAUUAUGGAACUAGAGGAGGAAAAUGAAAGGCUUCGGGAGCAACAAGAUAAGAAAAGCACCAGAGAUACUAACACUGAGCUAAGAACAGAGCUUAAGAAAGUAAAGGAAGAGCUUGAGAACUUGAAAGCAAAUUAUAAUAUUGCUGUGGAUGAGAAAAACUCCUUAGAACAUCAAGCUGAGGAGUUAAGACAGCGUUUGAGAGAGGAAAUUGACAGAAAUUCCACUGAAACUCUGGAUACAAGGUCCAUGAAGACUAUUCAGGAAGUUAAAGUUGUCACACAGCAGAGGAGUCCAGAUUUAAUUGAAAAACAAGAAUACUUGGGCAAUAGUAGUUCUGCAGAGACUAAUUUACAGAUGCAGUCAGAAGAAUGCAUAGCUAAUGAACCCGAAGUCAUGGAAAUGCAAACAAAGAAUGAGAUGAAUGUUCAAACAGAGGAGAGACUAAGAGAACUGGAGAUCUCUCUGAAAACAGCAGAGGGUAGGGUAAGGGAACUUGAAGCUGCUCUUGAGGAUCAGUUGGAAUUGAGAAACAAGCAAGAAUCCAUGCUCAAUGCAGAGUUGGUGUCCCUCAAGAAGCAACUACAGGAGUCUUUAGAAAUAAAUGAGAUCGAGAAAGAAGAGAGCUCUAAGAAAGAUACUCAACUUCAAGAACUUCGGAGCAGCCUAGAGGCUGAAAGAGAUGACCUGGAGGAACGAUUGAUGAACCAGCUGGCUCAGGUUAAUGGCAGCAUUGCAGGCUACCAGCAAGAGGCAGCUGACAGUCGGGAUCGCCUUGCAGACAUGCAGCGGGAACUGGAGAAAGUAAAAAGAGAGCAAGCUGAGCUGGAAGCUGAAGUAGCUAGCGAGAGGGACCGGGCAGCCAGAAUGGAAGAGGACAUGAGGCAGGCACAACGAGAGCGAGCAGAGGCAGAGGUUGAAACAGGGAAACAAAGACAGCUGGAGCAGAAGUUAAAAUCGGCACAGAGGUUUAAAGAAGGUAGUCAAAACAGAACACGCCAGCUCGAGGAACUGCUGAAGGAGAAGCAGUUAGAAGUUCGUCAGCUUCAGAAAGACUGCAUUGAGUACCAAGAAAGAAUAAGUGAACUGGUUAAAGAUGUGAAGUCAAUGCUGUUGGGUAAAGAUGAGGUGAAUGCUGAACUCGAGGCAGCACGCUUGGAGAUUUCAAAGAUUAUCCAAGAGAGAACAAGUAUUGAAGCUGAGCUUUCAGCCUGUAAAGGGAAGUUAAACACAGCACUGGAAGAGACAAAACAGGUCCAGGCAGACAAACUAGCUGCUGAAGAAAUGGCAAAACGUCUAGAAUCUGAGUUAAAAGCAGAUGCAGAGCGUACUCUUGAUGAAGUCAGGUAUCGUCUUGGAGCAGAGCUUAAACAGAUGGAAUUGAGACUAGAGAAAGUUUACAGGGAACAAGAGAGGCAAGAAGAGGCAACCCUGGAGGCAAGAAGUGUUGCAGAGGCUGCAGACAAGCGUGUCCAGGAAACACAGAGCCGUCUAGAUCAAGCGCUGGCUCGGUUGGCUGCCUUUUCGCGUUCUAUGUCAUCAUUGCAGGACGAUCGUGAUCGUGUGCUGGAUGAAGCCAAGCAAUGGGAAAAUAGGUUUCAUAAUGAACUUCAAGAAAAGGAAGCUGAUGUUCGGGAGGCUGAGAAUAGAGCUAAAGAACUUGCUGAGCAACUGCAGAUAGAGACCACUCAGAAAGAGGAGCUGCAGAAUUUAUUGGAAAGGAUACAGAAAACAGAAGAGAACCUACAGCUAGAGUUGACUGAGAGGGAAAAGAAACAUAGUGAAACCCUUUCAGCUCUUGAACAAGAAAAGGCUGAUCUACAGCAGAAGCUCACACAGGUAGAGACCAACCUAGUCCAAACUAGCUCCAAGCUGACAUCCUUAGAAGCAGAAGCAGAGGGACUACGCCACCAGGCAAAGGCUUUAGAAGAAGCUGUGGACAAACUUCAGGGCGAGGUUAAUGAAGCACGUACGGCAAUCAAAGAACGAGAGGCAGAGGAAAUGAGACUCGGUUUGAGGCUGGAGCAACUGGAAACAGACCUGAGCUCUUCGAAAAACCUGACUAAAACCCUUCAGGAAUCACUGGAUGAAAAAGAGAGGAGGGAGAUGGAGCUCCUUGGUGAGAAGGAGCAUGCUGUUACACAGGCUGUAGAAGAGGCCAGGAAGGAUGCAGAUGGAAGGGCAGAACUGGCAGAGAAAGAGCUGGAGAAGAGGAAAGAGGAGUUGCGUGGUUUAGAGGAGAGGCUCCGUAAAGCUGAGGAGGAUGCCUUCCAGAGCAAAGCUCAGCUUGAGUCCUUCACAAAGGCUAUGGGUUCCCUACAGGAUGACAGAGACAGAGUGCUCAGCCAAUACAAGCAACUAGAGGAACGGCACCUUCAGGUUAUGAUGGAGAAGGACAGCCUUAUCCAAGAGGCUGCAGGUGAGAACAAUGGGCUAAAAGAGGAGCUUCGAGCCCUGCUGUCACAGCGGGAUGAUCUCAAUGCUGAGAAUGCCAAGCUCUCUGCCCAGCUUCAUGGCUACAGAAAUGACCUGAACCAGGUUCUUGCCAUGAAGGACUCCCAACACAAGCAGAUUCUUGCCGCCCAAGUAGAACGCAUUAAUGUUUUGGAGAGAGAGAAAGAAGAGCUUACCAUUCAUAUUCAGGCUUUGGAAAAAGAUGUUGCACACGGAAAGGUACCACCAGUGGAGCUGGAGACCUUGAGCCAGGCCAGUGAAGGAAGAGUAACAGUCGAUAAACAUGAUGCACCGGGAGCUGAGGUUGAGAAACUAAGGGAGCAGCUCCUAGCUGCUAAAAAGCAGAUCACAACCUUGGAGGAGACUUUGGAUUUGGAGAGGGAAACACAAGCAGCCCACACCAAGGAGCUGAAGGAGCUGAGAUGGGAGGGUGGUAUUAUGCGAACUGAGACUGAAACAGCAGAGGAACGAGUGGCGGAGCUGGCACGAGACCUGUUGAUGAUGGAGCAGCAGCUUUUGGAGGAGAGGGAGGCUGCAGCUCAGCUUCGAGCUCAGAAUCAGUCUUUUGGUCAAGCCAUGGCUUCUUUGCAGGAUGCGCGAGAUCAGGCUGCCACUGAGGCCAAGGAGCUGCGACAACAUUUAGAAGAAAUAAACCGGACAGGCCAUUCAUCAUCUUCCCCUAGUGGCCCGAAAGGAGAAGUGUGGAGCCUUAAAAAUGCUCUGUCAGCACUGCAAAAUGAUAGGGAAAGAAUGUUGGAACAGUUACGGUUGCAGAAGUCUGAAUUGGAUCGACUUGGAUCAGGUGAACUGUCCAGGAUUUCCCAGGCUCUCGAGGAGGAGAGAAGAAGGACAGGGGAAAGAGAAGAAAAUAUCAUGGCAGAACUGAGGAACAGAGAUGCUCAGAUGGAAAGAGAUAAGCAGGAACUGGAGAUGCUCAGGCAAGAGAGGAUGGACUGGCAGGGCCAAGCUGAGCUCCUGAAGCAGCAGACCCUCACCACCCUCUCAGACAAAGACCAACAGGUGCGACAGCUCACUGCUUUGCUGGAGGAGGCACGGGCAUCAAAACUACAACACGAGUACACACAAAGACAGGGAAGUCUUGCUGUAGACGCUGCCCCUGGUGGCCCUCUGGAGCACAAUGAGGGCUAUAAAGCUGAAUAUAUUGAACUUCAGAAAAGGCUGGAUGAGGAGACAGAACAGAGACUGAGAUUAGAGGAGCAGCUCAUUGCUGCUCAGGAUCAUCUCAAAAGUUGUACACAAGGGGAGUGGCAGACAGCAUCUGAAAGGAUGAUGUCAGAAACUGCUGUCCUGAUUGAGCCACCAGAGGGUGCCGUUACACGGACUCGUAGUGGUGGACCCGGUCUGCUGCGGAUGCUGCGAGUCGCGUUCUGCUCACGUCAGCGCACCCCUCUGCUGGUGUCACUCUACCUGCUAACUGUUCACGUACUGCUGCUGCUAUGCAUGGGAGGAUACCUGUGAGAGAGACCCAGCACGCUUUACUGAGAGAGAGAAAAAAAGGGACAUAUACUCAUUCACUUGUUAUUUUCAACAAUCUAAUACAUUAAGAAACACAGGGUUAACUCAUUUACAUUUUUACAAAAACAUGUUUCCUUGCUUAUUUACCAAAGUUAGUCUGUUUAUUUUGAUCUAAAAUCAGUCUACUUUUAAUGGGGUUUGUUUAAACUUAGUUACACUACCUGGACUUCCUCAAGAACAUUAUUUAACCAACAAAAUGCUGCGGAUCAAUGAAGGAAUUUGAUGCAAAUGAAGUUGGCACUGUAAAGAGUCAGUGUUUCUUCUUUGAUGCAUUAGGAGUCAUAAAUUGUUUCAUUUCCAUUUCUCUCUCUGAUGGAGUUUUAUCAUUGGUUUUAUGUACUUCAAUAACAGUAGGCAAUAGGCAUGCAAGCCUAAAAAGUUACAGUACAUUCCAGCUUCCUGUAAUUUAUCUGUUAUCGCUUUAUUUUUGCAUUCAUCAAAUGAAAUUGUUAAAUAUGCUGAUACAAAUACUGUCAGAUGAGACAUGUCAAAAGUCUUUUUUAGUCUUUGGUGUGUCUCUAAACGUUUAUCCCUUUCAUGGCAGAAUAGUUUGCCAGCUUGGUGCAAUACUCUCAUUUGUUUAUUUCAAUCUCUAUUUUUUGGUAUGUUUGCUAUUUUGGUGUUAUUAUUUUAUUUUUUUAGUUAAACACACUACUCAUGUUUGUUCGAUCUGGACUACUACUCCAUGUAUUCAUUAUUAAUGGCUUAAAUCAAAGUCUAUCAACUUGAUUCAUUUGAUUUGAAAUAUUUGAUUCUGUUUCUAUUGUAAGAUAUUAAUGCUCAGCUUUCAUGUCAGUUUUCUGGGCCAGAACCAACAGACUUCCAAUGCUCAGCACUGUCAAUAUUGUUCUAUUAGGGCUGUAUAGGGCUGGAGUGUAUUGUAGUUACGCAGUGCGAUUUUAAGCAAAGCCCAAUGAGUGUUUUAUCUGUAAAAUCUGUGUAAAUGAUCCGCUCCCCCCUCCUGUUACCCUGUUGUAGGGGCUAAUAUUUGGAAAUAAAGUUUAUUUAUGGGAAGACA